UGUAACUUCGUCAUGACAGUUCCCAACUUGAAAAUCAUGAUGGCUGUACUGCGAUUGUUGUACCGCCAAUUUCCACAUUUCCUUUGAAUACAGGCUAACCGUGUGCCUCGUUGCCAGUGCUUUGUACAGAAGUAAAAUUAAAAGCUAUAUUCAGCAUAGUACCAACAACGAACACUCAAUUCUGUCAGGGAGUUCAGUGUUGAGCACAAUUCCAUAUCUUCCCCGUACUUCCCUGCAGUGGUGACGCAAAGUAUACGCCCCCUGAUUUUUUUUUUGCGGAUCAUUCGUGCCGUGGCUGCCAGUGCGCGGAGCGACCUUCGCCCCCUCUCGACCUGCAGAUACUUUGCUUGUUACCAGUAUAUCCCGUGUGUUUACGAUAGUGAACAGAGUCAGAAACAGGGUUUCUGCUCGAGUCAACCCGGACGUGGUUUAGUCGAUGAAGAAACCCCGAGUAAUAACGGGUUUUGCAGUUUAAGGAGCUGUAGGCCUGAUUCAUCUUAUUCUUAGCUGAGCCUGCAAGAUUCCAAAGUAUCGCUGCACCUAAAACUGUUCAGGAGUGAAGUUUGUCGUCCGAAGUCAGGACACUCAACUAUCAUGUGCACAGGAAGUUUUCAGCUUAACUUCACACCGAAUUCACCAGUCGAGCAAGCGGCGAGCAAGUCAAUUUGAAGAGAUUACUGUGAACUUUAGGCGUUUAUGUAAUAAAAAGCCGGCUCAUUCUAUACUUCACGUACGUUGAACGGAACGAUGGAGGAACCAGACCAAGGAGGUACCAGACUAGAUCCUCGAAUCAAGGGUGAACUAGACAAGCUGAACAGCACGUCGGAGGAAAUCAAUCGCUUGGAGAAAGAACUUGAUGAUGCGAGGCAACAAUUUCGCAUCACUCUUACUGAGUCCUCCCAUAAGCUGAACGACGCGGCCAAGCGAUGCGGCAAGUCAGUCAAGAAAGCCAAGCCAUACCACGAGGCUCGACUCAAGGCCAAGAGGGCCCACGAGAAGGUGCAAGAGGCAGCGUACGCCUACCAGCGGGCCGUGGGGAUGGUUAGGGCAGCGAAAGAAACCAUCACUAUUGCGGAGGAAACAUCCAUGCAAGGCAACAAGAAACGAGAAUUUGAUUCGGCGCUGCAGGAGAUGUUGAACCACGCUACGGUCAAGUUGAACAUGGCUGAACAGGAGAAGGUGGGAGGUCAGAAGGAACACCAGCAAUUAUCCAAGGCCUACGUCAAAUCUCUAGCUAAGGUUGAACAGCUCGCCAAGAAGUUACGGAAGAGCAUCGCCAAAUCAGCAGCUUACUACGAUCUCAGGGAUGCCUUCUAUUCCCGUCUAGAGAACCUCAAAGAGUCGGUAGAGAAUCGCCAGAAGCUCUUGGCCAAGUGCAAGAAGCGGUAUCGCGAGGCUCUCCGAAACCUGGAGAGGAUCUCUGAAGACAUCCACCACAGCAGGCAGCUGCAGAUAGAGGCAUCGCCGUCGCUGCAGGAGAGAAGCGCUGGGGUUGGAGCUGAGAGCGAGACGGAGCCUGGGAGAAACAGUGAUGAAGAGGAUGACCUAUUCACCUCAACAGAAGGCGGCCAAGAUGAACAUGGAGACCAAGAGCAAAAUGUUCCAGUGCGUGGAGCCGAAGGAGGUGCUGGCACCUCUCGUCAUUCCUCGUCGCAUUCCUCCUCACCAGAAGACGGUGAUCCUCAGUCACCACUCCUUACUGAGCACGGUCUACCGACCCUUAGUCGCAAAAUACAGCGAGAGGGAUCGGACCCUGACUUCUAUAAACCAAAAUCAGCCAUAGCCAAACUGCCUGGAAUUCUCCCAGAGGAGCAGGAGGUGAUUGAAGCGACCUAUCGAGGUUACAGGUCUUUCGAUUCCGAAUUGACCCAAGAGGAAGUCACUGCAUUGCAGCAGACGUUGCCGUCCCAGGCCAGAGGCUCGGGGACCCCGGUCAUCAUGAUCGACUCUCCCGAGGGGGUGACCGGCGAGCUUGAAGACGAAGGCAGUGACGAGGAUGAGCUGGAAAUCUAUGAGCCUGAGGAGAUUGAGAUGUCUGAGUUUGCCAACGAGGGCAGCAUUGGGAGUGACGUCGGCGAAGGCGAAAACAGCGUGGAGAUGAAAGCAUUUGAGCAGGAAACUCAAUUAAACGGUGAAGUAGACCAGACGUCUUUAUCAGAGAGCAGUGAGGGCGACAGGGAUAUGGAAGAAAUCUUGUCAAAAGCCAAUUUGCUUCAAGACGCAGCCGGCAAUUCAGAACUGAGCAAGCCUGAAGUGUCUCUCAGCGACGACAGCCAACUAGAAGGAGUCGAGGAUGGCCGAGAGGGCUCGGUGGAGGCUAGACCACGGAGCAUGUCCUUUGGGUUUGAGAAGACAUUGUUGGAUGAAGACCAUUUUGAGAAGCCAGACCUUCUGCCAAGUCCAAUUCAGAAAUUCCAGAUGUCGGACCUAGACAGGCCGAGUUCGCCAGCGCUAUUCCAGUAUCGCGCCUUAGAACAUAAACAAGACGUACGUCAAGCAGACGACAACAGCGCCUUCACAUACACGCCCGUUGUUUCCAAUGACGACGCAGCAACAACCAAUAACAAUCAAGACGCCAAAAACGAUGAAACUGACUGACCAAUCAAUGAAGAGAUGCGACAGCGUGAAAUCGUCCUAUCCAUAAUUGUCGUGUUGAUUUUGUCGCUUGUCUUCGUGAGUUUGCAAAUCGUAUUGACAGAGAGGCUCCGUUAAAUCCAUAGCAACUAAUGACAACCAGUAUUUCAAGAAGAAAAAUAACUAUAUAAAAAGUUUGACAAAGCCGUAGAGAGGUGCAACACAAUACAACAUUCGCAAGCCAGAGGCCCUUGUACAACUUGAGGAUUUAUCUUUUUCGCUAUACAUGUAAGAACUACACAGUAUUCAUUAUGGUAUACAUGUACAUAAUUUACUUUUGAAAUAACGGUACAUGAAAAUGUAAUUCAGUCUGUCAGAUGACACCAAAUCAACAUCAUCCCUUCUAACAUGGCAAGACAAAUAUCGAUGGUUUCAGUAUUACUUUUGAUUAUAAAAAAAUUACAAAAAAUAAAUCAUUCGUGCACAGCAAUGUAUUAAAGAGCCCCCAAAUAAGGGGACCUACCAACUCUUUGAUCACUCUCUUACGGUUAUUGGGGGGGGGAGAGAAUAUCUUCAACUGUUAGUCAGUACAAAGUUAUCAUUUAAAACGGGAACUGGGAACCAUCUAUAGUAGCUUUGGGUCCAUUAACCACUGAGGUAGAUGGAACAUGAUGUACCGUGUAUUUUCAAGAACGCUACAAUAUAUACGUCAUCAUUCCUGAUAGCAUUACAAUCCAAGUCGACAAAAUGACGACUAGGGAUGCGAGUCAUGGGUUGAGAUAAUAACAGGGCACACUUCCUAGAUGCACCACCAACUCUAAAGUGGUCCGGCUGCAAUCAAUUUAAAUAUGUCAGAGGUUGGAAAUUAAUGAAAGCAAAUUCAACAAGUCCAAUCCCAGCAAAAUGUAUGGUGACUGCUCUUUGAAGUGAUCAAAGAAUUCAAACGUUUCCAUUAAUGUGCCCCAGGCUGCCAUUAGAACAGAUGGUCAACAUUCUCACUAAUGGAUGUGAAAGGUAUCUUCAUCAUUUCUACAGAGCACAGAACACAAAUGCCAUUCCGAUCCUACAAGCAACACCUGGUUUUCAUUUUAUAGUUUAUCUCGAAACGAAUCAAGGUGGACAUGGCUUGUCGAAAUGAGCUUAAAAAUAUCUGAUACAAAGUGCAAACUACAGUACCGUCUAUUAUUAUGUAAAACAUAGUCCUUAUUUAUAUGUCACAUCAGAAUAACUUCAUUAUUUCAGAAGUACAUGUUUAUUAUUGUUAAAAUACGUUUUGCUAAUAAUACCUAUAAUUAAAAGUAAACAUUUCAUGAAGCAUGAAAACUUUGCAGUUGACACGAAAGCUCUAUCAUAAUCGUUUUGAAUACCAAAUGUGGCUACGCCGACCUCGGCAUACCGCUGCUAAAAAUCACAGAUUAAAAAUCUGAUUUUAGUAACUACCGGGGUGUAAUUUUAGAGGCAUGGAUCCAAGGGCUGAGGACUUGAGUUUGAGGGAGGUGCGGUGGGGGGGGGAUAUAUACAUUUAAUGUAAUCCCAAAAUUUUUCUUAUCUGUUCAGAGGUAUCAACCAUUUAGUGCAAACGAGGAUGACACUCGCCACAAAAAAGCUCUUUAAAACGUGUUAUGUGAUAAGCAUUACUAGAAAUAAAUCGCUGGUGUGCUACACCUCUGAGGUUUAAAGUCGA